AGUAAUUUGGUGAGGACCGUGAGGAGAAGAAAGUUGAUUUUUGUGAAAGAAGCACAGCACUGGUAUUGACAGCAAUGAAAGAUUACGAGAAUUUUUUGGCUGUCUGGAUCACUGGAUCACUGAACAAGUGGGAGAAUGUAAAACUUGUUUUGGACACUAUAAGUGCCAAUCAAGCCUGCGAUACUGUGCUGCAUUUUAAACAGGCCUUUUUGGAGAGGCAUGGGUCUGAUUGCUUUGACAUUAACAUGGUGAUUGAAGAAAAAAAGCAAGCUGCUGCUGAUGUGUUGUAUCAAUAUUCAAAAUUUGCUAUGGCCUGUAUCGGUAAUCGAGUUCGACCUUGUGACUUAAGGUUGCAUUUGAUGAAGGAAAUAUCAGGGUUGCCAACUUCUUUAAAAAGGGAAUCAUCCCAAGUUGCUGCUGCUUCAGAUGUAAUGGGAGAAUCGUCAAGCUCAGGGACUUCUAGACUUGACAAAGCAGACAGUUUUCGAGCACUUUAAUCUUUGGAGUGCCUUCCUAGUGUCUUGUUUAUAUUAGUGGUACAAUUUGCUCCUCUAUCUCCUUCUGUAAUGUGAAUUUACUCGUCUUUGGCAAUUCAUCAAUUCUGGAAGAUUAUGCAUUUCUAGCAAAUUAAUGUUCCCAUCCCUACUGUUGAUAUAGGUUUCUGGUGUUUUUAUUAAGCAUUCAAGACUGUUUAGGUUGUGGGAAUAUCAAUCCUCAGUAUCGGGAAUAUGGUUUAAGCCUUUCCUACUUUGUUUGGUCGGCGAUUUAAGCAAUCUUUUGAACAUGAUCUAAAUGCAGAGCCGGGUUUUGAACCUUGGGUUA